UAAUUAAUAUAAAAUUAAAAUUGACGGCAAAUAUUGCCUCAAAAUGUAGAAUACUAAUUUCUACUAUUAUUGUAGUAGAGUUUUUACUUGUCUUAAUGAUAAAAUAUAUUUAUUAUUGCAAAUCUACGGCUAUACGUAUAUGAGAAUAUGUCAUAAAGAUUUUAAUAUAAUCAAAACGUAGAAAAACGAUAUUUUUCCCGUCGAUUAACAUAUUCCUUUCAUCACGACAGUGAUUACAAGUGAAAACACUUCAAAAAACAAAAUAGAUGCAGCUUGAUAAACUAUACCGAACAAACUGAAGAGGUUUGGAGAUUUGAGAGACAAUAUUUUCGACAUGCGAGACGCGCUUGCGGCCCGAUGUGUUUACACAAUUGCACGGCGAUCGCACGAUAUUGGUAUAUAACACGCGAACCACGUUAAUCCGGCACCAAUCUACGAAGUUCCGUUGAAGAUGAAGAUUCCAGCGAUACUCGUGACGUCGUUCCUCGCCUGGGGACUGGCCAGCGGGAGUCCUCAUCUCCUAAAGGGGUCGGAUGCUUCCGCGUCCGCAUCCGCGUCCGCGACCGCGGUUGCCAAUUCCAAGAAGAAUCUCUACCCAUUACCGAUACCAUCGAAAGACGCGCAUGGCAUCGUAAUCGACGAGUCAAAGUUCAACAUCAGGAAGGUAGUGCUGAGCGCGAUCGACGAGAUCAACGGCGCGCCAAAUCUCGGUCUGGGAUGGAAAAAGGUCAGCUGGGCAAUCGAAAACGCCAAAGCGAACGCUCACGUGACCGCCGAGACGCUGGCACUCAUUAAGAAGAUCGUCGCGACCGUCGUCUUGGGUUACAUCAAGGCGACCAAGAUCGCGGCUCACGCAUCCGCCGAAGCGUUGGCUGUCGCUAAGGCUGCGGAAGAAGCGCAAAGGAUUGCCGAAGCGAAGGGUAGAGCAGCCUCUCAGGCGCUUUCCGCGUUAGUUCAGGCAUCCGCGCAGGCCGACGCUGCGGCCGCGGCGACGACGGACGCAAUCGAACGCACGUUCCAGGAUGCCAGGGCGGCCAAUUCCGCGCAGACCAAAGCCAGCGGCGAGGCCGAGAAUGCUAAUCGCGGUGCGGCCGCCAUCCUCGCGGCACUCGAGCGCAUCGCGGAGGCCUCCACGGAAACCAACCAAGCCGCCACCAAGGCAGCUGCCUCCGCCGCCGCCGCGUCCGCUAUGCAUGCUAAAGCCAAUGCGGCUUCGCAGGCUACCGCCAAAACAGCCGCCCUAGCUAGAACGGCAUCCGAGGAAGCAGAGACCGCCCAGGCAUCCACCUUGGCAAACGCUCAGUUGGCCGCGCGGCUGGAGGAGAAGGCCAGCGCCGAUCAGCAAGCGGCCUCCGCCAGAGCUGAUUACUUCACCGCCAAAACCGAGGCUGAAGCUGCCGCACAGGCGUCCGCUGUCAACGCGCUCAGGGACGGAAUAGUCGUCGGAUUGGGAAAUGAUGCCGGCGCUUCUGCCCAAGGUUCCGCACAGGCUAGCGCUCUCGCUCGCGCUAACGGGCACAAACUAAAACUCGAGAAGGGUCUGGACUCGGGUUUGCACAAGGGCUUGGACUGGGGCUUGGGCUCGUACAGCGGUAGCGCGUCUUCCGCCAGAGCAUCGUCCAGCGCCUCCGCUCAGGCAUCCUCGCUCGGAAAGGGAUGUAUUGCCUAUUCAGAUAACAAUCGAGAUCGGCGACAAUCUUGUGAUAAUAUUUGGAGGAGUGCGCGAGUCGCGGAUGCACAACAGGCUGUUUUCACAAAUGGCACGCUACGGUAUAAAAUCGGUGGACGAUCGAUGAGCCGGCAUCAAUCCUGCGAAGUAGCUUCCAAGAUGAAGAUUCCAGCGAUACUUGCGACGUCCCUCCUCGUCUGGGGUCUUGUCGGCGCCAGCGAGCUCGUCGAAUCGGAAGCGAGCGCGGCGGCGGCUGCCCAAGCGAGUGCGUCCUCGUCCACGUCCGGUAGCAAGCUGACUGCCUCCAAGUCGUCCGCCAGCGCGUCCGCCAGCGCGUCUGCCAGCACGUCGACCAGCAGCAAAGGCGGUUGGAUUCUUCCCCACGGUGACGUUAAACACGAGAAGAAGAGCGCUGCCGGGAUCGCGAUCGAAGGAGCGAAGGUCGGCACCGGAAUCGCUAACACCGCGUCCGCGUCCGCCGAGGCACUUUCCCGUGGACUCGGCAUCGGGCAGGCAGCCGCCGAAGCGCAAGCCGCUGCCGCCGGCCAAGCGGCGAUCGCCGCAAAAUCAUGCGAGCUAGCCGCCAAGAGUACUGCCCACGCGGUCGCCCUGGUCGAGGCGGCGGCCCAAGCCGAGGUAGACGUGGCCAACAGGGCGGCAGCGGCCGUCAAGAAGGCGGCUAUCGCCGCCAAGGCAGCGAGGAUAGUCGAGGAGAAUGUCGCCGCCGUAAGAGCGGCCGCCGGUAAGCUGGACCUGGCCGCAAGAGCCAGCGCUGCCGCCGAAGAACGCGCCAACGAGGAAUCUGUCGCGGCCAACGAACGCGCCCAAGCGUCGGCCGCCGCCGCCGCCGAGGCUGAAGCCAAGGCAAACGCCGCCCAGACGGCAGCCGCCGCCGCCUUGGCCAUCGCCGAGGCCGCUGUUGUCAUCGAGCAGGAAGCCGCUGCAUUAACCCGCAAGGCCCAGAAUACCCGUAUCAACGCCGAAGUUGCCGCCGCCGCGGCCAGCAACGCCCGCGCCGUCGCCUCCGCCUCCGCCGAGGCCAGCGCUGACUUGACUAAUCGCGUGGGUGUGGCGCGCUCCAGUGCCGCUGGUGCUGCCGAGACCAAAGCCAUAGCUACCGACGCCGGUUCUACCGCUGAGAUCGCAGCCUACAGCUGGGCCAAGAAAGGCGAGAUCAUCGAUCCCGGCCCUUUGCCCAAGAUCGUCAGCGUCACCGCGGGUCUGACCAAGAGCGAGGUUGAAGCCGUCAAGAUCAGUCGAGGUCACGAAUACAAGGAAGGUUUCGUACAUGGUGGCAUCGCGAGAUCGUCGUCGGCAGCUAGCGCUAGCUCCAGUGCCAGCGCCGACGCCGGCAGCAUCAGCGGCAAGCGGGGACUCUCCGUGGCUUCCGCUUCUGCCUCGGCCGACGCCUCGGCCGAGAGCUUCGGGUUGCAAGGGUGGUGAGAACGAGUAAUGCAAUUUCACCCGCCUCCCUUCCCCCCGAUACUGCAUACCAAUGCACACGCGGAAGAGCCCUUUAAGCGACAAAUAUUAAUGGACUAGCGAGACGGAAGAUUAACGCGUGCACGAUUUGACAAACAAAAAUUUACAAAAAAAAUCGAUUACAUCAGGCAGAAAAUUGUGUAAGAAUGGAAUUAAAUUGUUAUAGCAUCUAAAC